AUGUCGCAUUGCCACGACGAGCACCAUGACCACGGCCACGGCGGUGGUCACGAUGAGCACGACCACUCGGACGACAUCACCCCGGCCCUGCAGCACUCACUGUACGGCCACAUCAACUUUGACGAGGUGACGGCCCUCAACGAGUCGCAGAUUGGCAGCACGCGGGCCGUCGUCAAGAAGACGUGGGUCGAGAGGCUGAACGACGAGCCUGAGGUCGUUAGCGAUGCUGAUGAGCAGUUAUUGGUCAAUGUCCCCUUCACCGGCCAAGUCAAACUCCACGCCCUCCUCCUGCGCACCUCAGACUCCCCCUCGGCCCCGCGCACCCUCAAAGUCUUUAUCAACCGCGACGACCUCGACUUUUCCUCCGCCGAGGACGCCUCCGCGACCCAGGAGUUUGAGCUCUCCCGCACGGGGCAAGUGCAGGAGAUCCCCGUCAAGCGCGCGCUGUUUGGCAGGGUCCAGCGCCUGACGCUCUUUUUCGUGGACAACUUUGGCGAUGGCGACGAGGAUGAGACGCGCGUGAGUUAUUUGGGGUUCAAGGGCGAGUGGAUGCAGCUGGGCCGCGCGCCGGCGAAUAUCUUGUACGAGGCGGCGGCGAAUCCUAGUGAUCAUAAGAUCAAGGGCACGGGGAUCAAUGAUGUUGGUAGUGGGAUUGGGGGGCGGCAGUAG